AUGGCAGGUGAUCUAAAUCUAAAAAAAUCAUGGAAUCCAAAAUUAGUUAAAAAUCAAACGAAAGUGUGGGAGUUGGAACAAAAGAAAUUGAAACAACUCAAAGAAGAUCAGGUCAAAAAUGAAGAAUUUAAAAAAGAACAAGAAUAUCUUGAUUUAUUGAAAUUGCAGUAUGGUUCAGAUUAUGAAAACCAUUUAUCAAAUAAUGAAAAGUUAAAAGUGUCAAAAUUAAGUUGGAUGUAUGAAGACGUUCCCUUUGAAAAACAAGAACAAGAAACAAAAAAUUCAAGUGGAUUUAUUGAAAGUAAUGCUGAGUUUACUGAUGGCAAAAAGGAAGUUGAAAGUUUGUUGAGUGGUAAUCAAGCUUUUCACAAGAGAGGUUCAAAAAGUAGUGGUUAUACAGGUAAUGAUAGAUUGAAUAAAAUUAUUGGGUCAGGAUUAAGUAAUAAAGGUGUAAGUUCAUCAAUACUAGAGAACGACCCUAUGGCAUUGAUGAAACGACAACAACAACAAAAGCAGAAAUCGAAAGCACUUAGUAAAGAUAAAGCACUAGAUCAUAAAAGCAGUUCAUCAUCUUCAUCAUCAUCAAGAAGGGUGCAUAAAUCUGACGAGAAACAUAGACACAAAUCUCAUAGAUCUUCAUCAACACAUUCACACUCACACUUGCAUAAAUCAUCGUCACAUUCUGGCUCGCAUCGAUCUUGA